UGGCCCGUUUUUGGUCGCUCUGGCCAAGGCUUCCCCCCGCCCCCAGAAAACAACCCCCGAGGAAAGGGAAGCCAUUUGCCCGGCCGCAGCCGAGCCGCGAGGAAACCUUCGCAACGGGAAGCGCGAGGAGACGAGGAGGGAGUUGCAAGAGGGCGGGGAAGAGCCGAGCCCGGGCGGAGGGGAGGCCUGUCCCCGCCGUCCCCUCAGGGCGCUUCCCGGCGCCUCUGGCUUUGGCGAGCGGAGCUCCCUGCUCAGGUGAGGGCGCAGCGGCCCCCCCCCCCCCGACAUGGGGGUCCCGGGGCUGGUCCUCCUCCUCCUCUUCCUCCUCGCACACGCGCAGAUGUCCAUCCAGAUCACCCCUCCUUGUAGCAACGAGCAAUAUUAUGAAUACUUGGGGCGAUGCUGCACCAAAUGUGAGCCAGGAAAGUUCAUGUCCUCAAAAUGCACUGCCAGCUCGGAGACUGUGUGCCAGCUGUGUGGCCCCAAUGAAUACAUGGACAUAUGGAAUGAAGAAGAAAAGUGCUUCUUGCAAAAAAUAUGUGAUUAUGGGAAAGAAGAAGUACACCCAGGAAACAGCACCUUCCCCCGACUGUGUGCUUGUACAGCCGGCUACCACUGGAGUCUAAGACUGGGUGACUCGGCUAAUCGGCAUGAAACACUGUACCGUCCUCAGGGUUUCGGAGUCAAGUAUCCUAUACAAAAAGACAAGGAUACAGUAUGUCUUCCGUGUCCCACGGGCCACUUUUCUAAUACCUCUUCUUCAACCGAUGAAUGUAAACCCUGGACUAACUGUACACUUGGAGCCGAGGAAAAAAUUCCUGGCAGUGAUACGUCUGAUGCCGUUUGUGAGAAGCUUCUGAAGACCAUCCAUCCGCAAGAUGAAACAAACCAAUUAUUUUAUAUGUUGGUUGCUCCACUCCUCCUUGUCGCCUUGGUUGGUAUUGCUGUCCUCGCUGUGUACUAUCGAAAUAAGGGGAAAGUGUUGACAGCAGAUCUGCAGUACUGGGUGAAUGGGAUCUGCGCGCAAAUAAAAGGGACAAAGGACCCCCCCACGGAAACGUUUGUAAACACAAAUUCAGUGAGUCUUUCUGGUCUUCAGCUUUUGAAAGGAACUUACCUGCUGGAUCUUGAUGAAUAUUCAUUUUCUGACGACCUGUGUUUCACCACGGGCCACCUUGUGAGUGAAAAAGCUGGCGCUGAUACAAUCCACUAUGAAUCGGGAGAGGACUUCCCAGGGCUGUCUCUGGGGAGCGAGACUGAAAACGACCCCCUUUGUCAGAUUCCCAUGGAAGAUGAGUACUUGGACCGGACCCCCCGAGGCUGUGGUUACCUGCGUUUGCUGAGUCAGUCUGACAGCACCCCUGCCUUGCUGUUAUCGGAGCCACUGGAGGUAGGGGAAAAUGAUAGCCUAAGUCAGUGUUUUGCCGGAACGGAGAGCUUGGUGGACUUAUCAAACUGCUGCAGCUCCAGUCUUCCGUGCGGAACAGACCCUCCUCAGGCUUCCUCUGACAAAUACCCACAGAAUUCUUGUCAUCAAUGCGGAUGCAACACCACAGGGACUAUUGAAAGCCAAGACAUGGGGGGCUCCCAUGCCAACAGCUGCCCUGCCUGUGGAGCAUCUUCUAGAGAGUCUCCCAGAAAACUGGGCAGUGCUGCAGAUUCUUCAAAAGAGAGUGGACCCUCACCACAGGGCCCCUGUGCCUUGGACUCUUCCCCUGGGAAUCAGAAUUUUCCAGGUGUCAGAAGUGAACCGUGCGAAGCAACUGAGGCGAAGUUCCAGAAUGAAUCAGGAAACAGUGCCGGAUCAAACCACAGCUCUUCAGAUCUUCCAGCAGCAUCUGGAAAUGUGACUGGAAAUAGUAACUCUACAUUCAUCUCAAGCGGACAAGUCAUGAAUUUUAAAGGUGACAUCAUCGUCGUCUACGUUAGUCAGAACUCCCAAGAGGGCUCAACAUCUCCCGGGGCGACUGAGGACAACCUGGGUAGUCCAGUGCAAGAGGAAAACCUGAACCGCUGUGAAACAUUUGCAGGCAAUGUUCACCACUAUAAGGAGAAAUGCGCAGAGACGGAUUCCUGUCUCUGUACUGAAAGCCAAGGAGGAGGCAGCUCUGGGGAACAGAACAAGGGAACUGCUGGGCUGGUAGUUCAAGAAGAGUAUCAGGACUGUCCAAACAAAGAACACUUUGGCAACGAAGCCUCCCAGCCGGUUCAAGAGGAAGGGAAGCCAGAACAGUUUCCAGAAAAGAUAUUGCACUGAUGGAAAUGGCUACUUGCCAGUUUCCAGCAACGGGACACUAUCCUUGAAUGUGCUCUGGAAAUAUUAUUUGGAUUGAACUAAAUAAUACCGGACUCCUAGUCACCGUUAAGAAAUCAGAUGGUGCGCAUAUGAAACUACCUUGUCUGAGUUAGACUAGCUGUAUAUCAAACUCAGUAUGGUCAGCUGUUCUCCGGGAUCCUGGGGAAAAAUCUUUCCCAGGGUCUACAACCAGAGAACUUCAAACUGGAAAGGCUGGGGUUGGAAUCUUGAACCCUCUGCGUGCAUUGAGCUUUGUCCAUCUCACUGAUCGCUGUGACCAUCUGGUCAGAACUGGGUGGGUCCUUUGCCCUUCUUGGAAGGACAGGGGAUUGUUGGAUACCUCAGUGCUGGAUGGUGCAUCUCACAACCAUCAGAGAACAAACUGAAAUGCCAGGAAAUCUGGGCACAAGUUAUGUUGCUGGUGUUGCACAUGUACUAAAAACGGAGCUCUAAGCACCUAUGGAAUGUGUGCAAGCUGCUAAACACUCCAGUCAAUGUGCUUGUCUUUUGUUCUAAUGGAAGAUUUUGGCUGUGUACACAUGUUGUAUGAAACCACAGUUUUUGCACAGCCAGCUGUCUGAUGGGGCCACCUAAAUUACAGCCGUAUCCAGAGGGAGGAGGGGUAGAUGGACAGUAGCUGGGCAAAAAAAGAGAGAAAAUCAGUGGCCAUCUUGAAAUUCUUCUUUGCAGUCCAAUGGGCUGUGCCACACUUUUAGCUGGUAUAAAUCUACACCAGCAGAAGGAGGUGAGACUGAAAUAUCUCAGGAAGCUGACCCAAGUUGGCACUACGCCUGGGAACGCCCCCAUCAAUGCCCCAGCAUGGGCUCCAGUGCUGGGGGAGUGCUGGGGCCGCAGCAGCAUUUGCGCCUGGGCUACACAAGGGGAUCCCUGGUGGUGGCAUAAGUGCCUCCAUCAGUGGUGUGGAUGAUGCCACUUGCCAAUUUCCAUGUGGAGUGGCAUUUAUGCUGCUGGUGGGGUCAUAAGAACAUAAGAACAAGCCAGCUGGAUCAGACCAGAGUCCAUCUAGUCCAGCUCUCUGCUACUCGCAGUGGCCCACCAGGUGCCUUUGGGAGCU